CGAGGGAGGAGACCGCAGAACACGUCAGGGGCCUCCUUUGGUCGUUCGGCGGCACGGCGGCCGUCUGACGCCGCUGGGCGGUAGGUGGCGCCGGCGCGGCGGUCGCGGCGCACUAUGAGCGGCUCACUGUCGACCGGCCGGCGGCGCAAGAAGCGGCGGCAGCGGCAGCGUCCCGCCGGCGGUGAGGAGAACCCGCUGAACCUGUCGCUGCCGCUGGAGGUGGAGGUGCGCGAGUCGGCCUGGUACCCGAGCGGCGAGAGGAGCUCCAAACUGGACGCCGCCGCGGCAGCGGCUGAGCUGUCCCCGGACGGCCGCGAUGACGCGUCUCAGUCUGAGUUCCUGGGAGUUCGCGCCGCCCUGGAGGAGCAGACCGAUCUCGGCUUGCACAUCAACGAAAAGGGUAACCAGAUAUGUCAGCUGCGCUGGGCCGACUUCAGCCAGCGCGUGCCGUCCCACUGGACCGAGCGGCACCCGAACGUGUGUCCCCUCUGCAAGAAGAAGCUCAGCUCGCGCUUCUCGCUGUCCCGACACUACAUCGACGUCCAUCACAGGGAGGAGAAGAAACUCCCGACGCCGGCGCCGUGCCGCUUCUGCUCCAAGAUCCUGUACAACCAGUCCACGCUGAACCGACACGUGCUGACCGUACACAAGGAGGAGGCGCUGGCGCUAGCGGCGGCGGUCGGCACGGGUCGGGGGGCGGCCGCCGCCGCCGCCCCCGCCCCGGCCGCUGACCCGAGCCCGCCGCCAGCGCCCCUCUCCACUGGCUACUACUGCGCACUGUGUCAGCAGCGGCACCGGCGCAAAUCGGAGGUCACCCGGCACAUGCAGCUGCUGAAACUACAGAGCCCCAAGGGUGCGACACGGACCGGGCUGGCGCCGAAAAUACAGAGCCCGAGAGCGGGGCGGUCGAGCACCGCAGCUAGGCAGGCCAGCGCUGGUGCGGCGGAGGACUCUGUGUCUGCCGAGGAAGGCAGCUCUGCUCCGGAGACCUCCAACGGUCCGCUCAUCUCACCGGCGCUCACCGCACUCUCACGGGAACUCACGACCACGGCGCCGUUUCCCUGUUCAGUCUGCAGCCGAACGUUUUCGGAUCAGGAGCGUCUGAUCGCUCACCUGGCGAGUCACCUCAGGGAUAAUCAUUCAGACUCGGCGCCGUCGGGUCUGUGUCCGCUCUGUGAGCUGACCGUCCCCCAGCUGGCCAGCCACGUCCGGGACGCGCACUGCCGAGUCUGCGCCCGCUGCGGACUCAUACUACCUGAGGCGCUCAUGGAGCGGCACCUCACCGCGCACGAUCUCAAGAUGGCCUUCUGGUGCCCGGUGUGCGGCCAGCGCGAGGACCGACGACAGAAGAUGAUGCAGCACAUCAGCGAGCGCCACGAGUACAUCGCCGAGGGCUCUCAGUUCCAGUGCGGCUCCUGCGGCCACGUGCGGUCCCACAACCUAGUCACUCACUGCCUGAAACACGCCCGCGACGACGCGCUCACCGCCUACUGGUUCAAAACCGACGUUCUGUCUCCGCUGGAGCAGCGCGGCCUGGAGGCCGGCCGACUGCUCCGCUCGUCCUCUGACGACUCGUCGCUGCAGUGGCUGCCGGUGGCCGCCGCCGAGCCUGCCGCCGCCGCCGUCGCCUCCGGUCUCAGCGUGCACCUGCUGCAGGCCUGUGACGGCGUGCCGGGCGCCGGACUGGACGCGGCCGCGCUCCUCUCGGCCGCGCUGUGUCCCGUGUGCGCGGCGCCCACCCCGUCGGGCCGCCAGCUGGGUGCCCACCUGCAGCGGCACGGCGAGCUGCCGGUGCUCUUCUGUCCCAGCUGCCCGCGCACCUUCUGCCGGCCGGAGCGGGCGCGCCGCCACCGCUGCGGCCGGCUGCUCUGCCUGCUCUGCGGCCUGCAGGUGCCCUCGGCGGUGGUGGCCGCUCACUGGACGCUGCACGCUGGUGACGACCCGAUCUGUGCGCUGCUGACCCCACAGACGGAGCGAGGGGACGGAGAGGGGUCGGCAGAGAGUGACGAGGAGCCUCCUUGCGGUCUGCUGGAGCGGCAGCUGGCCAGGCAGCUGGCGGGCAUCAAACAGGAGCCGCUGGAUGUGGAGGACGGGGAGGACGGAAUGGGAGAGGUGCCCGGGGAGGAGGAGUUUGAGGAGGGCGAGGACGGCGGCGGGGUUGGUGAGGAUGGUGGCAGUGCCGCUGGUAGUAUCGUUGGUGAUGAUGGUGCCGCCGGCGCUGACGGCGAAGGUGGUAAGAAUGGUGAUGAUGAUAGGGAGGAGGGUGGUGAUGGAAAAGAUGGAAGCAGUGAGAAUGAAAAUGGUCUUGAUGUCGGGACGAAGACGGGCGAGGAAGUGGAAAGGCAGAACGAAACUAAGGAGUGUAGCGACGGAGACGGGAAACAUCGUGAAGAAGAAGAUCUAGAUCGUAAUGUGGGAAGGGACCUUGAUAAGAGGAAAGAAUUAGAUCGUGACGGAGAGAAGGAGCUUGAUAAAGGGAAAGAAGUAGAUCCUGCCGAGGAGCGGGAAAAUAGCGACAGGGAAGAAUUAGCUGGUGGUGCAGACAAAAACACUUAUAACAGUCAUGACGGUGAAAAGUGCGAUGAACCUGAGAAGGGGAAUCCUGAGGCAAACAAUGGCAAUGGCCUAGAGAACGAUGGUAGCUUAAAAGCAAACGGUGCACCACCUGAUUCGAAGGAGUCUGGUGAGAAGCCUGCACUGACGAACGGAGUGGCGGAGGAGCAGAACGGUCGCGACGGCCGUCAGCUCCGAUGUCGGCAUAGGAAGCGAUCUCUGGAUGAAUGUCAUAAACCCUCACCAAAGGAUGGCCGUGAGUCGACGGAGUCGACCGCUGUGAAUCAGAACAACGUCAGUGAUGAAUCUAGUCAGUCGGAGAAAACUCCGGCGGAGGACCCUCCCAAGGAGUGGGCUUCGUUGGGUUUUCCUGCGGCGGACGCCGCUGAGGGUGACACCCCGGUGCGGGAGGCGCGCUCCGAGCGCCGCUCGCCGCCCCGCAAACGCCGCCGCUCGCUGUCUGCGGACGGCAGCGCCGGCGGCGGCUCCCCUAGUCCCGGCGGCCGCGCCGAGCGCCGCUCGCCGCCGGCCACAUUCCGUCCGGAGGAGGGUGGCGCCGAGUCGCCCGAGUCGGACUCCGAGUCUGAGUCUCUGGCCUGCGACCUGUGCCCGCGCCGACUGCGCUCCGUGUCUCAGCUGCGCCGUCACCGGCUGUACCGGCACGGCGAGUGGCGCGGCCCGCUGCGCUGCCCCCGCUGUCCGCGCCGCUUCUUCCUGGCCGCCCACCGGCGGCUGCACGCCUGCGCCGGCGAGGACGCGGCGGGCGGCGCGCGGCCCUGCUGCGGCCGCUGCGGCGCCGAGCCGGCCGCCGGCCGCCCGGCCUGCCUGGUCUCGGCGGCCGGUCGGCGGCUGCGACUCACCGUCUGUGCGCGCUGCGACUGCCCGCUGCCCGGUCCGGACAGCAGCGGCUCGGACAGCUCUGACCGCGCCGGCCGGGACGGCCAGGUGUCGCCGCCGCCGUCCCUGCCCGGCGCCGCCGUCUGCUGCGAGUGUGACGCGCCGCUGGCGGCCGGCGCCGCCGCCCUGCUCCAGGAGGAGGGCGCCGCCGAGACCCCGGGCCCGGCGGCGGCGCGGCUCUGCGUGCCCUGCGCCGAGCAGCGGCUGGCUGCCGAGCCGCGGCUGGCAGCGCGCCUGUGGCGGCCCGAGGCCACGCUGGGCGCUCUAUGGUGUCCGUCCUGCUGCCAGCCCCAGGUCUCCCUCCACCAGCUGCGGCUGCACAGUCUGCGGCAGCACGCCGAUGUCAUGUAGGCGCCCGUGGUGACGUCAUGUGCGCGUCGGUCGCAGUCUGGUGUGACGUCAUCCAUCAGUGUCUGAGCUUGCCAGAGUAGUUUGAGAUUGGCUGUCGGAAGUGUCUGUACGGAGAGGCACAGUGAGCGACACUGCCGGGGUUCAGAACGGGUGCAGCAAGCUUCGUUGUCCUUGUAGUGCGCGCCGCGCCGUCGUCAGGCAGCUAGAAGUCAGGUGAACCGCUGUAUAACGUAGUCUGUAGCGGAACUGGCGUGCGUCGCUUGUUCCUGUGUAUGAGAGUGAUGAUCGGACGCCCCUCGCGACGGGCAUUCCCAAUACUGCUGAAUCGCGCUGCAAUCAACACGCUUUAUAAGUUAACCAAACACGCUUCGUUAUCGUCACGCUGUGUGUGUGUGUGUGUCGUACUUUGUCACGUGUCAGUUAUUUGCUCAUAUUUGUUGGACAUUGGCGUUAUUUUAUUAUCCGUUGCACCUUUUAUAUCAGCUCGUUUAUAGGAACCCAGCGGCAAUCUCGUUUGGUUAACUGUAGCGCUUGUGCUAUGAAUCUGACUAGGGAGCUAAGCGCUCGACAUUCUACUCCAAUGUUGUGUUAACUUCCUCGCCUAGAUAGUACAGUGAUGUGUGAGAGCCAGUGUCAUCCAGGAUCCAACGGGACUGGAAUUUUUCAAAGCCAUUGUUUGUUGUCUUGCAAUAUGACUGUAGCAAGC